GAUAUAGCCCAAUCCCGUCGUUUAAACGAGAGUGGACCGAGGGAAUGAAAUCUAGACGUUGAACUAGACUAUCAUCAUGCGAUCGGACGGCAGCAGGUCGUUCACGGUUCCUGCUCUCUCCAAAAGCUACAACUCGGGUCGAUACAUCAGCUCCAGACGGAGCCGACGGUUCCUUUCUGUCCAGAGCUGUGAUAUUGCGGCUUACGUGGGCAAUCACUUCACUAGUUCAAGUGUUCAACAGAUGAACAAGAAAGCCCCGUCCCCUCCCAUCUUGUGUCCCCCCAUGGAGCUACCACCGGCGGCCUCCUUCGUCGCCGUCGCGCUCGCCACCGUGCUCCUUCUCAUAACCAUCCUCCGCCGCUGGAAGCACAAGCGCCGGUACAACCUCCCGCCGGGCCCUCGGCCAUGGCCGGUGAUCGGCAACCUCAACCUGAUGGGCGCGCUCCCGCACCGAUCCGUCCAUGCGCUCUCCAAGCGGUACGGGCCGCUCAUGUCCCUCCGGUUCGGUUCCUUCCCCGUCGUCGUCGGCUCGUCGGUGGAUGCCGCCCGGUCCAUCCUCAAGACCCACGACCUGGCGUUCAUCGACCGCCCGAGGAUGGCGUCCGGCAGGUACACCGGCUACAGCUACUCCGACGUGCUCUGGGCGCCCUACGGCGCGUACUGGCGCCAAGCGCGCAGGCUUUGGAAGACCGAGAUCCUGAGCGCGAGGCAGCUCAGGUCGCACGAGCACGUCCGCGACGAGGAGGUGCGUGCCAUGUUGCGCGACCUCUACGAGCACGGGCCGGCGGCGGCGACGGCGGGGAGCGCGGUGGUGCUCUUGGACCACCUCCUCAUGGUGAACCUCAACGCGAUCUCGCGCAUGGUGCUGGGCAAGAAGUACGUUGUCCAUGGCGGUGCUGGUGCAGGGUCGGCGACGACGCCGGAGGAGUUCAAGUGGAUGAUCGAUGAGUUCUUCUUCCUCAGCGGCGCGCUCAACGUCGGGGACAUGAUCCCGUGGCUAAGCUGGCUGGACCCGCAGAUCAAGAGGAUCAAGAGGCUGGGCGAGAUGUUCGACCGGUUCCUUGAGCAAGUGCUGGACGAGCACGACGAGCGGCGGCGGGUGGAGGGCGAGGAGUUUGCUGCCAUGGACAUGGUGGACUUGCUGCUGGGUCUCGCUGAAGACCCAAACCUCGAGAUCCCGAUUGGGCGGGAUGGCGUCAAGGGCUUCACGCUGGACCUCAUCGUUGGCGGCACAGACACCUCGUCUGUGACCAUCGAAUGGGCCAUGUCGGAGCUCCUCAGGAGUCCUGAUACCCUCACCAAGGCCACCGAGGAGCUAGACCGCGUCAUCGGCCGCGAACGCCUUGUCACGGAGGGGGACAUCCCGAACCUCCCGUACAUGGAGGCCAUCGUCAAGGAGACCAUGCGCCUGCACCCGGUGACGCCAUUGCUGGCGCCGCGGAUGUCCCGAGAGGACGCAUCCAUGGGCAGCUACGACAUUCCAACGGGCACGCUCGUGUUCGUCAACGUCUGGGCCAUCGGCCGUGACCCUGCCGUGUGGGGGCAUGACGCCGACGAGUUCCGGCCGGAGAGGUUCGUCGGGAGCAGCUUGGACGUGAAGGGGCAAGACUUUGAGCUGCUGCCGUUCGGCUCCGGGCGUCGGAUGUGCCCUGGCAUUGGGCUUGGGCUAAAGAUGGUGCAAGUGGUCCUAGCAAACCUGGUGCACGGCUUUGCAUGGAGGCUUCCCGAUGGCAUGGCGAAGGAGGAGCUGAGCAUGGAGGAGAAGUUCGGGUUGUCCAUGCCGCGCAUGGUCCCGCUCGAAGCCGUCCCGGAGCCUAGGCUUCCGGAUUACCUAUAUGCGGGGCCAUGAUGCAUAUGUUUGCGCCUCGCCUGCAUUAUUAUCUCAAUAUCUCUGCGUGUAUGUGAACAACAAGCAUGUUGCAUCUGUUUGAUCCGAAAAUAAAGACACCGUGCCUAUGGUUAUCAACUA